AUGGCCCGUGGCAGGAAGAACAUUCGUCGACGUCGCCAACGCAACCCCUCGGUCGAUUUACUUGGUGCAGCGUUUGGAUUGCCGUUCUUGCGUCGCGUUCAUCGUGCUAAGAGAAGUGUCCCACACAUCACGAUUGAUUAUGAUUCCGAAUCUGACGAUGCUGAUGUUGUGGAAGAGUCAGUCGCCUCAAGCGAUGAGGAUGAUGACGUAUCUGAGGCUCAGUCGGACUCUGUCCCUUCAGUGCGGACUCCUCGCACUCCGAGACGGUAUGGCCGACGACCUUCGGUAGCUUCGACUUCGCGCAAAACGCCUCGUCGCCGUUCAGUUUCGAGCCGACGUGCAACACCAGUUUCGUCGAAGCGUGCUGCUGCUUCUUUUGUACAACCGUCGGCCACUUUUCCAUCGCACAUGCCUGUUCAUUUGUCUUCGAAACCAAUCUGUAUGACCCAAACACCAUCGUCUUUUCCUGAGUCUGCUUUACAUCCGCCUUUCGCAAGUUUGCCAGUUCAAUCGCAUCAACACAUGUAUUAUCAGCCGCAAUUUGCUUUAGUACCGGCUCCAGCACCUGUUCAGAUACCUCAGUAUGCAACGACGUCGCUUGCACAGCCUGUUGUUGCAUACCCUCAAGCCGUUCCUCAUCAGCCAGCUCAGCAACCUCAGGAGAAACCACCUAAUUGCGCUUCUACAAGCUGGGCUGAAGGCUCUGGGCCCUUUGCUCAAAUAUUGGAACGUAUCCAGAUGGAUAUCGAUCGGAAGAUGACCUCCUUGGCCGAACAGCCGCAUAAUCCAGUCCUGCGCGCUGACUUGCGAAAGCUUCAGGACCAACUCAACGCAACGCUAAACGCAGCAAUAGCCAGAAAGAGAGCUUCAAAAGAAGAAAUUAAGCCCGAUCUUAUGUCUAAACUCAAGUCUCGACCCGAAGGCGACCGAGCAAGGUUCAGCAAGGUGGUGGAUGACCCUCCCGAUCCGGAAACAAGACGAAACCGAACAGGCGGACACUCCCAUAUCACCAAGCAAGGCACUGAAAGGAAUACCGAAGAGAAGCUCAGAGAACAUAUCAGAGAGAGUCCGGAACCCAUACCGAGCAGUCAUAUUUGCUCUGGAUGUGGGUGUGUCCGAUCAGUUCUGUUUCAUGAGAACCACCCCCUUCAUCCAGAGGGAAGACCGAUCGUCAACUUCUGCGAGGUCUGUCGCAAAAGGAAAAUUGACAGAGGCGUUGUGGGUCACUAUCACUUCUGCUUUGGUUGUGGUCAAGUGAGAUCGAAAUCAUUUCAGUGCCAGCACCCGACUAUCCCGGGCGAUCCCAUUCUCCCAAAUUACUGUGGCUUGUGUUUGAGAAAGGUAAGGGCUGACGAAGGCAUUGCGGAGACGUCCAUUCUUGACUUGAACUCGGAAACAGAUACCAUCCAGGGAAGUGGUUAUAGAUCCGCUGAGGAUGAUGACUGUGAUUCCCUUCGGGCUCACAUCCACUCUAACCAUGAUGCACGCGGAAGCCAAGGAAAAAGCAAUCGACCCAAGAUUUUCUCCACCGAGGAGAAAUCUCAAGAAAUCGGUCAAGAGCAAGUUACUCGCACUAGUGAACAUCAACCACACAACCAGCCUCGUCAUCGCCACCGCCCAGAACCUCCGAACCUCAAAGUCCAUAAAAGCACGCCAAGCCAGGUGGACGAUUCACCAAAGUUGCCCUACUGUCCGACGCGGAACCUUAGCUCGGCUGGGCGGCGAGCACAGCGGAACUCCUCGGGUCAAGCCAACGAAGAACAAGACAGCCGUCCUACCAAGACUGAAGCACCUCGGAAAUAUAAGGCCCCAUUUGUGGAAGAAUCAAAGUCUGCUCCUCAGUCUCGACAAGGCACACCGAGCCCUGCAUUCCUCUCGACAAAUGAUCUUAGGAAAGGAAAGGCUACGAAUUCUGACAAUGGACACGGAGAUCCGGGCUUCGCGGCUAAUGUUGACGAGAGACCUUAUUCUUCAGUCAACUCUCGGUCGACAAGGGAAGACGGUCCUCCCGAACGAACAACAACGCCUUUGGACAAAAACAUCGACUCCGACUUUUCAGCUGGUUCUCGAAAAAGUUCUUUGAAGUCAUCCGGAAGCAAGACUGUCAGGUUCAAGCGGUCCGUGGAUAUCCGAACACCAUGCUCACCAGACUUCAAGCAUGAUCAAUCCCCCAUCGGCGGUCACCACCAGGGAACGGGAAGGAAAGAUAGCUCUAGGCCUCCUCGACCUGAGAUCUCGCCGCUACUUUCUCAUCCUACCAAAGCCCCAUACGGUACAAAUCAUGACGAUAAGUACGCUGGAGGUCACCACUUUGAUCACAACUACGGCGGACCUUCAGUCAAUCGCCCAGCUGUCAUUCCAAACGACUUCCAAGGACCCAGCAGUACCCCGCGGAGUGUUCCUUCGCCAGGGUUUUCGCAGGGUGCCUUCAGCAAGAGUUUUGGUUCUGAGCCCCCGCGACGAGAGGAUUGUGACAGCCCAUCUGCCAGGAUGAAUGACUUCACCAGCAAGUCGUCUCGGGGCCAACAUGCUGAGGAAUUUCCGCAAACCCCAAAGUCCCAGACUUCGUUCCGCACAUCCGGUUUCGGAUCUUUCUUCAACAAAGCCGGGAAUAGCCAGGCGCCUGGUGAUGGAAAGAAACGAGGCCCUUCUCGAUCCAUGGCUUCGAGUCCAGACUCCUAUCGUUUCCAAGAGACUGCCAGAGACCAUUAG